CUGCUCUGCUACUGCUGGUGCUGCUGCUGCUACCCGGCGCACCGCCGAGAGAGGAGCCGAUCGAUCAUUAACCCGACCGUAGAGCCCGGCCAACGCGAGUCCCGUGAUUCGCCCUGUGAUUCGUUCCGUGUAUGCACGUCGUCGCCACGCGUUCCGGCCAUCCUUCGUCGAGGACGUUCUACGAGAGGAAAGAACACGGUCGCGUUUCCCCGGUGUGCCCUUUCACGAGUCUCAUUUGGAGCAUCGACGUACCUGCGACUUACGAGAGAGAGAGAGAGAGAGAGAGAGGAAGCCGAUAUACACAGGCUGUGCGUGUAGAGAGAACGAAAGAUAGAAAGAAGAAGACUAGGAGCAACGGAAAGUGGAAGGAAGGAGAUAGAGGGAUAGUGGAGGAAAGAGAGGGAAGAGGGAAGGAGAUAGAGAGAGGCAGAAACGGAGCGAGAGAGAGAGAAAGAGAAGGAUAGAAGAAUCCUGAAAGGACAAACGAGUAAGAGAGAAAGAGAGAGAGAGAGAAAAGCAGUGAGGGAGAGGGAAUCAGGCUCGUUGGUGCGAGAGAGCAACGCGUUGGUGACAGAAAGACGGACAGACGGACCAACAGACAGACGCGGCUUCCCCUCCGCUCGUGUUCGCCGCCAGUUGGUCGCGCGUUACCGAGCCAAGUGGAUGUGUUCGCGAUCGUGCUCCCGUUGAAAAAGUUUUCUCCAUCGUCACGCCGUACGAGAGUGAAAGAGAGAUAGAGAGAGAGAAAGAGGAGAGCCUUUCUUCCUACGCACGUUGUAACGUCGUGAUAAAUCGGAGCAGAGCCCGUCCCGUCCGUUGUAUCGGUGCACACGUGAACCUGUGUGAGAGAGAAAGAGAGAGAGAGAGAGAGAGGGAGAGAGAGAGAGAGAGAGAAAGAGACGCAUUGUGCCGCCGGACGGACGUGCGCCCGGCGAAACUCCGAUUUCGUCGAGAAAGGAUUACAAGGUGCAUCGCGAAGUGUGCUUCGCCGGCGACGCGGUAUAUACAGGGAAAGUAUUCAGCGCUUUUACUGCCGAGAUUCGAGAAGGACGGUUUAGGUGGACACCACCUGGCACCCAGAAAGCGAGUGAGAUAAAGACAGGUGGCACGAGAAGGUAAAAAGCAAACAUGGGAGCGAGACAGAGCAAGAGGUCCGUGGAUAUAACGACCACGCCGAAGAAGGAGGGAAUACCCGCUGAAGGAGGCGUCGUCGGCGAUGCGGCCGCACCUGGCGACGGCAAGCUGGAGAGGAUCGAGGAGGCCGACACGAAGCCAACCACCAACGGCAUAGCACCGCACACGGAGUCCGCUGAGGAUAAAGAAAAGGACAAGGAUGAGGCUACCGAAAAGGACAAGGAACAACAACCGCAAGAAGAAGUAAAAGCUGAGGAGACGAAGCAAGAAUCGGCUGGAGGAGACUCUCCUGCGGAGGUUGCGGAGGUCACGACGCCCACAGAGGCCACCCCUGCCAGUCCGAACACUGCCACUUCUCCAGACAAUAAGGAAGCCAAAAAGAAGGAAAAGAAGAAAAAGUGGUCCUUCAGGUCGAUCAGCUUCAGCAAGAAGGACAAGACUAAGCCGAGCCGCGAUGAAACGCCCAAGAAUGGAGACGUCACCAAGGAAGAGCCACUCGCAGAGGGUGGCGAAGACGCAGAGAAUGCAACGGCCACCACGAGCAGUCCGGUGGAGGAGAAAUCAGCGGCGAGCAGUCCCUCAGCGGACGAGCAGGUAAUCGCACCGACCGUAGCUGCUAGUCCGGUCGAGGAAAAGAAAAAGGAACCCACUCCCUCCGCCCUUACUCCCGUCCCGUCCGUCGAGGAUAAGAAAGAGGAGGCGGUCGAAAAAGUCGAGGCCGAGAAAAAAGUAGUCGAGAACGCUCCGGAAGUUGAGGCGCCAGUAGAAAACAACGUCGCCCACGAUGCUAGCACGACGGAGAGUGCCGAUGAGGCUCCCAAAGUUGCACCACCCGCUGUCCCGACCGAAGCACCCGCCUCCCCGCCAACAGCACCGGCUAUCACUGAGGACGUCGCCUCGGUCACUAAGGCCAUCGAGGAGAUCGACAUAAGUGAUAAAGCAGUCGCGGCGGCAGUGAACGAAGCUAUCGAAUGCAACACGAAUGAAAUCAUCGCUGACGCGCACCACCAAAACAACAUAAACGAAUAAGCGCCACUAAUCGAAUUGUAUUUUGGAAAGAAGAAAGUUCUUUUCUCUCGUUAAAACCAAAAAAGUAUAUUAUAUAGAUAUGUAUAUUUGGACCAUUCCUGCAACAGAAAAUAACGUUCUUUCGUUACGAGCAGCAAAAGGGAAAAACGGGGCGAUGACGACGACGAUGACGAUGAUAAUGACGACCGCGGCAUCGCGAGAGCAUAUAGACUCUAUAGUAGGCCUAUUAAUUAUUAGAUGAUGUUUAACAGCAGGGCAAACGAGAAUACGUGCAUGAAAAUUUAUGAUCGUUUAUUCAAAAACUAUUAUUACGUUCAUAUAUUACAUGAAACGUAUUCUGGACGAGCACACAUAACGUUACGUGCACGGUCUCUUUCACAGAUUAAAUGAUGCUCGUUUUAUUCCUUGUGGCGCGCGGGAAGAUCUUUAAGGCGCCGAAAUUAAGCUUUCGACUUGUGUCUAACCGCGGGUUACAACGAUCGUUCCUGCUGUGUAGAAAUUUUUGAAGUAUCAUUAACUGUUACUGAAAUAAAGUCUAAUGCUCGAACAUCGCGCGACGGACAAGCGAUAAAAGCGAUUGAGAUCGUCAAGACGAUAGGAUCGUUCGUCGCGCAUUCCAGAGGAAAUACUCAUUGGAUGGCGCCCUCCCGUAAUUACAUAACUAUUGUACUCUAUGAGAGAGCGAAAGAGGGUGAACGAGAAUGAAAGUGACAGAAAGAAAGAGAGAGCAUGAAAGAGAAUGAGAGAGAAAGAAAGCCGAAAUAUAGAGGAGGAAAUCGAGAGGGCAGGCUGUGUGUGAUAUAGCGAUUGACGGUGUGAAAGGGGAAAGAGAAUGAUAGUGCGCGGAAACGAGAGAGCUGCGUCUUCGCCACGUUGAGAACAGGAAAAAGAUGGAAAUACGCGAGCGAGAAAAGUGGAAGAAGGAAGUGGAAGAAGAUUUAAGAACACGCGAACAAAGUUUCGCACUCACAUCGGCGACUCCGAGGGCACCCGGCACAUUGUUUCGCUCGUAUUUCCUUCGCGGUCCUUGGUUUUCCUUUUUCCGUUUACAUCUGUACAAUCGAGACAUUUUACGUUGUAACGAGGAACUGCACAUUUUUAACAUAAUUUUGAUAGGCGCUUGAUGGGCACAAAGGCGCUGCGAGAACACGAGGAAAAACACAUUAUACACAUGCAAUGAGGGACAUUUACACCGCGUAUACGUACGUACCAUGGAACAUACGAGAUAAAGUAUAUACAGUAAGUCGAAAAAAAAAAACGAGAUGUAAGUGAUAUAUUAAUCUAGACUAUAGAGAGAAUGCGUUUGUGUAAAUUCGGCGUUUGUUCGAAACAUUGCUAUUUCUCCAUAUGAGAGAGAACACUUAUGACGAAGCCUAUCGUAAUUUUUAUGAUAAUCAUUAAAAAGUAUCGCCUAAUUACAAUUUACGAGACAUGCACAAUUUACCACUCCGGAACGGACCUCCGAACCUUUGUCAAGUUUUCAUACGGAUAUUUCUACGUUUCUACGUUUAUACGGAUCUCCAGAAGUAAAAGAGUAAUUAUCUUACGAGAAGCUUUUUUUAUUAAGAUCGUAGCAUAGAUCAUAAAGUUGUAAACGAGAAGCGCAUUAUACACGUGUGAGACACUCCGAUAUCCGGUAAUAUCGCCGAGCGAUAGAGAGGUAAAGGAUCGAGUCUUCACUCGUGUCCGGCAUUAAUUUCUAAGCGGUUACAUACAUAUUUACGUAUAAGGGCGGGAAAGAAGUAAAGUUAAAAGUUGUAUAGUAAAACCAUUCAUUAAAUAUAUCUGUCCGUAAAAAUGAUCUUUACAACGAAAAGAAAAAAAAAAGAUUCAUUGUCUUCUUAAUAGGACGACACGUUUUGGCGACGAGAGCGAACUUUUUAUCGAAAUUCUUCACGAGCGAAUCGAGACUGAUAAUAUCCGUGCACCCAUACCAUUUCUCUAGUGAUUGUUAUCACUCUGAGGCGCCGUCGAGGCAAACCUCGCUCGUUUAUUUAUUUUGCGCCGGAGACUACAAAAUUGUGAAUGAGAUCUUUGAAUCGAGACCGCCUCAGAUGCGAAAAUACAGUCUCCAAUAUCUUCGAUCAGCAAUUAUAAUAGUAACUAAACUAUUCUACAUUUAUCUAUAACCUAUAAUAAACUGUGAAACAAAGUGUAACAA